UCAGUCGUGGAAGCUCGGCCGCGAUGAAGCUCCAUGCUGCGCUGGUGACCGGUUUCUUGUGCGUGUUCGCGUGCGGGGCCCAGCGGCGGGCCGGGGCCGGCGGGCCCCGCGGGAGGGCCUCCUCCCCCGCGCCCCCGCCCCUCGUCCAGCGGAUCGAGACGUCCCGAGGGACCUGCGAGUGCGUGCCCUACUACGACUGCGACGCCGGCAACACCGUCGACACCACCAUCUUCAAGCUCCGCGCCAGGCGUCAGAUCGAGGAGCGACCCGAGCAAUGUACGGGACUGAAUGUAUGCUGUCUGGUGGACAAAAAUACCAACAGUAACAACGGUGGCGGUAACAGUAACAAUGGUGGCAACAAUAACAGUGGUGGAAACAACAAUUCCAACGGUGCCAACAGCAACAAUGGUGCUAAUGGCAAUAAUAACGAAAAUGGAAACAACAACAACAGUGGAAACACUAAUAACGGCAAUGGUGAGCCUCAGAACCCGAACUCCACUCCCACACCGUGCAUUUGCCUGGCCGCCUAUCAGUGUGGUAAAAACGACUCGGAAGUUUUCCAAGCUGGAAAAGGCAUCAUAAAACCAAGGAUACCUUGUGAGAAGGAUGAGGUACUCUGCUGUCAUCCGAGUUUUGCAGGUGGCUUUAGCCCCACUCCCCCUUCGCCAACUCCUGAUGGAGGACUGAGGACCUGUGGCACCCGUAAUAAGAACAUCGACUUCAGCAUCAAUCGAAUUCAAACAGGAGGUGAUGGGUUGACCAACUUCGGCGAGUAUCCAUGGACGUUGGUAAUACUGAAGUCAGAGACCCUAGCCGACGGAUCCGUCACCAAUAAUGCUUUCCUUUGCGGUGCAUCGCUCAUCCAGCCAUCAGUCGCCAUAACGGCUGCUCAUUGCGUCCAUAACGUGCGAGGCUCGGACUUGAAGGUGCGAGCUGGCGAAUGGGACACACGGCAAAACAACGCGGCCGAGAUCCUACCCUACCAGGAGCAGCGGGUGGCUGAGCUGAUUCUCCACCCCCGCUUCAACAACGGCACCCUCCACAACGACGUGGCUCUCCUCAAACUAACUGCCCCCUUCACCCUCGCUGAUAACGUCGGUCUUGUGUGCCUCCCCGGCGAAAGCUCCCCUGACCCUGCUAGCUGUAUCGCUACCGGCUGGGGCAAGGACGCCUUCUCCAGUGACGCGAAGUAUCAAAACGUGAUGAAGCAAGUUUCGUUGCCGUACGUUCCCCCGGGCGAGUGCCAAUCCAAGCUCCGCAAAACUCGACUCGGAAAUCACUUCAUUUUGGACAAGAGUUUCAACUGCGCCGGAGGAAUCUCCAAUGAGGACACGUGCCAGGGCGACGGAGGUGGACCUCUUUCCUGCAUAGUGUCCGGCGACGAGCGGUUCUACCUGAUCGGAAUUACGUCUUGGGGCAUCGGCUGCGGGACCGACAACGUCCCCGGGGUCUACACCAACGUCAGGCUCUUCUCCGACUGGAUCUCCUCGCAUCUCGAAUGAAUCAGCUUUCAAUUCCAUCAAAUCUCACAUCACCGUCAUCAUUACUCAUCACAAGCAGGCCAUAAGCUCAAGCACAAACUUCUAGCCAAAUGCAAGAUGUACAUGAAACCGCAGUUUGACGAGCUGGUAUACUGUUUGACAAACCGAAGAACCGUUUGACAAACCGAGGUACUGUUUGACUAACCGAGGUUCUGUUUGACAAACCGAGGUACUGUUUGACAAACCGAGGUACUGUUUGACAAACCGAUGUACUGUUUGACAAACCCAAAGUACGGUUUGACGAACCGAGGCACGGUUUGGCGAACAAAAUAGAGCGGAUGACCCAGAAAAAGCGUGCAGUUCGCAUGAUUGAAGCUCUUUUUCCAACAUAGAAUCAUACGUUGAUAAUUUGGAGGCCAAGGCCCGAUGUCUUUCUCCCAGCACUAGGGAAACAUAUCGACGGUGAAAUUCCCAAAUCAUGUAGCUCGGUUUGCGACGUCAAAGACUUCCUGUCAUACAUUACUUUUUAAUUGGGAAACUAUUCGAAGUCAAUCUUAAAAAUUUCCGCGUGGUUUUUCCUCUCUGUGCGAAAAAAAUUCAGUGAAAACUUCGAGGGAUGAUAUUGAUUCGCUCUCCUUUCAACAAAUAAAAUGGGUUAGAGUUUCUAAAACACCGCGAACUAGAUACUUAGUCUGGGAGUUUCACCAUCAAUGUAGGAUCUCUUACAUAGAAAACUGGGCAAACUCAUACUUUUGGUGUUCACAUAGUAGCGCUUUGAUUCCUGUGCUAUGUACAUAAACAUGCGUUAAAAAAGCUAGACGUGAGUGCAAAAGCAUUGAAGGUCACACUCGGGUCAUACUGAGGGGAACCCGCCCCAGACAUCUAAAAUAGCUGUGUUGAGGUAUCUCAAAAACUUGCAGUAUGUAUUGCAAAUUAUGUAUGAUCAAUAGCGAAGUCUCAUUUUUAAAAUGAUCUCUAAGCCUUUUUAGAUUUAAUCCACCCGAAAAACAAGUUUUGGCUGUCCGUAGUUUUAAUUUUAACUUUACUCUUUCACUUAAAUUAUGAUAAUUUUAUCUGCAUAUCUCAUUGCCCCAUCAUGACAACAGGAAAAAUAGGGUCCCUUUGGGAGCGAGGAAUUAUUAACACGAUGUAUCAGCGGCUUUCCAAGGAAUAAUUACGUAAGGUUUUUCCCCCCAUUUUUAGACCCCCCCCCAUGUCACUGAUUAUAUCAGUGGGAAUCUAUCUUUGUAAUUCUACCUCAGAGAGUGCAGCUUUAACAGAAUCCGAAAGCGGUCCCAUCUACGAGAGCUUUGUGUGAGCUUAGUAGUUAAUUUUAAACAGUAAAAUCAGUUUUUAACAAAGCUAAUAGUAAUCUUAAUUAGAUCGCAAGUCUGCCGCUUUUUUAAGAAGUCCAAAGUAGCCAUACACUUUCAUUUAGUGUUGUUUUGACGAUUUCAGUGUCGUUGAUGCGGGCAUGCAAUUUGACACAAAUCAAAAGCUACUCUGUGAUUUAAUGGCGCUUAACGCUAUUUAUUAUAUUGUUACGUAAAAAUAUAAUGUUAAUAUGAAGUGCAUUGACUUCAAAUCUACGAUCCAUACAUUGUGUUUUACACCCCCCUGCAGUGGCGUGGCUUGAAUUGCGAUUUAUCGAUUGUUAUGCCAUUUAAACCUAUGGUAAAGAAUCGAUUAUUAAGGUGUUCGCUGCGAACACCCUGUUAAUCGAUCCUUUUCCAUAGGUUUAAAUGGCAUAACAAUCGAUAUAUCGCAAUACGCCACGCCACUGCCCUCGAGUAAAGAAUCAUUCGAUUCUGGAAUGGGUCUGGCCAUUCAGAAUCGAACAGCCAGAACUGCAUAUUUUCCUCAAUGAAAAAAUUAAUCUUGCCCUUUUUGAGGGUCAUUUGGACGUAUUUCUGCCAAACGGAACUAUGUGCAUUAAGACAUGAGCCCUGAGACCCAUAAGAAUACAUGCAUAACAGGGCUCACGUCAUAAUGCACAUAGUUCCGUUUAACAGAAAUACGUCCAUUUAUAAGUUUAUCAAAAUGCAGACGGGAAAGGUUUUGCCGGUUAUUUCGUGCUUAUUUUUAAUAUUCUAUCUUAAUUUGACCUUUACAUUGAUUGGGCCAUUUAUGUCGACGAUAAGAAAAAGUGAAAAAAAGAGGAAAAAUUUAACGCAAUAAAAUAAAAUAAAUCAGUG